CGGCCAACAUGUACCGGGUCGGAGGUAUGUACGUCAAUGUGGACCUUUUUUUUUAAUCAAACAGAGACGCUUUCAGUUUUGCUCCUCUUGAUUGCUGAACGAUGUUAUUAUAGCCAUGUUGCAUUUAACAGUCAAAUACGGUGGUGCCACAAAAGCAGGAGUGAGCUAAGUUGGAGUAGGAAGGUGAGAAUUUCUUAAUAUUUGGGAUUCAAAAUGGGUCAGGCCUCGCGUCUGUCGUGGCCACAGCAGCUAGCCGCCAGCUUGCUAAGUGGCUAGCUUAUAAUGUAAACAUUUUUCAGAUGUCGGCACCUUCUGCUGUUACAGCACUUUUUCAAAACAAGCACCCUGGCUACGGAGGACUGAUACAGCAAGGGACCUCACGACUGUACAUAUGUUUAUGCGGUUGUUAAAAUGUUGCCACGGUCAGUGUGAGGCUUCCUUUGUAUUUGCCUCUUCUGGCAUGCAGCCAUUAGUACGAGUCCUUAUUUAGCUAACGUUAGCACCAGCGGUGGCUUCACUGAUUACCUUUAUCUGCACCUCAAUACGCUCUUGUUAUUCCAACAAUGCACGGAACCAUCUGAGUAACAUUGAAACUCUAGAAGUGCCACUAUAUAAACUCACAUUAACUUUUAAAUUUAAUUAAUAUGUAAAUUGGGCGUUUGGUGGGCUAGCUUGUUAGCAGACUGCUGGAAUUCAACGUCAAAUUACUGUCUCGAUUCAUGGCAUUGUUGCGGCUGUCAGUGUUUAUUCACACACACACACAAACUUUAAACCUAUAUCAAGACAAUUCAUUUGUAUAUAAUAAAUAUAUCAUUAUAUACACUACAAAUAAACUGCAAGAAACAUGACAGCACUAUUGACACAGAGACAAUACAAGGUUUUAACUUUGCUGACCGUACUGCUGCCUUCAGGUGCUCGUCGUAAACUCCAGGUCCGGAAACCUGACAGGUACAGAUAAGUUUUUGCCCGUAUAAAUUAGAUAAAGGCAAUUAAACGGUGAAAAGUGCUCCUCAAUUGAAAUAUUUGUCUGUUAAUGUUAUGACGGAUUAAAGUGAAGGAAUCUGCAAAAUAACAAUCUAAAAAAAAUCAAUAAUGGCUGCAGCACAAUGAAAAUCUGCAUGCAAUUGCUUAUGACUGAAUGAUGAAUAUUAGCUUCAGCUAAAUGCUGCCCUCAUUUAUUGGCAAUAGAUUGUUUGGAUCAGGAACACAGUGCCAUCAGACAUUUGUUUAAGUAUGUGUAAGUGCUGGUCAGAUAAGUUAGAUCAUUCUUAAGGAGGGACAUAAUCAAUGCCAGAAAAUUGGAGAUUUUAAUCUCUCUGCAGCCAAAGUCUUAAGUUAUUUAUCUAACAUCAAAACUGUGUGCUGCCUUGUAGAACCAUGCACUACACAAACAUGCUUUUAAGCUGAGCUGUUGAACCAGGAAGUGACUUUGGUGAUGUUUGCAUGGUAAAUUUUACAUUCACAUGUGGUGUGAAGAUCUGUUCUCAGCUUCACAUGAAGCUGAGUGGCAUGACUCUAUUUACAUCUUUAUAAACAUUAUACAAUUACACACUAAUAGCUGCUGAGUGAUAUAUUUAAUGAAUGAGAGAGGACAAAGCCAGUUUAUAUCCUUUGGAUGACUUUUGGUGUGAGAUCUAAAGCGCAUCCUCACAAACUUUCUCCUGGUUCUACAAGAUUAUUCGAUAUUGCGGUGAUGUGAUGCAUUAAGUAACUGGUUCUUGUCUGAUGUUGCAGAUUAUGUAUUUUUUGAAAACUCCUCCAGUAACCCUUACCUGAUACGUCGGAUAGAAGAACUCAACAAGACCGCCAGUGGGAAUGUGGAGGCCAAAGUGGUUUGUUUCUACAGAAGGAGAGACAUCUCUCACAGUCUCAUCCAGCUCGCAGAUAAACAUGCAAAGGAGUUGGAAGAAGAGAAGGAGAACCCAACAGAAAUAGAUCUAACAGAGAAACAGAAACACCAGCUUCGCCACAGAGAGCUCUUCCUUUCCCGACAGUAUGAGAGUCUACCCGCAACACACAUCAGGGGGAAGUGCAGUGUUGCGUUAUUGAAUGAGACGGAGUCUGUUCUUUCAUACCUUGACAAAGAGGAUACCUUCUUCUACUCACUGGUGUACGACCCGACACAGAAGACUUUGCUGGCCGACAAAGGAGAGAUCAGAGUGGGACCCCGUUUUCAGGCAGACGUACCUGAAAUGUUACAAGAAGGUGAGGCAGAUGACAGGGACCAGUCCAAACUAGAAGAGAAGCUCUGGGAUCCAGAGUGUCCUCUCACCAACAAACAGAUAGACCAAUUCUUAGUGGUGGCAAGGGCGGUUGGCACGUUCGCCCGGGCGCUGGACUGCAGCAGUUCGGUCAGACAGCCAAGCUUACAUAUGAGCGCGGCUGCAGCCUCACGAGACAUCACACUGUUCCACGCAAUGGACACACUGCAUCGCCAUAACUACAAUCUGUCCAGUGCACUGAGUGUGCUGGUCCCUGCGGGUGGUCCAGUGCUCUGCAGGGACGAGAUGGAGGAGUGGAGCGCCUCAGAAGCAGCCAUGUUCGAAGAAGCAUUAGAGAAAUACGGAAAAGACUUCAAUGACAUCCGACAAGACUUUCUGCCAUGGAAGUCUCUGACCAGUAUCAUAGAGUACUACUACAUGUGGAAGACCACAGACAGAUAUGUGCAACAGAAAAGACUGAAGGCAGCUGAAGCAGAAAGCAAACUGAAGCAGGUUUAUAUUCCCACAUAUAACAAACCCAACCCCAACCAGAUCUCAAUGACUAAUGGCAAGAUGGCUACGGUGAACGGAGCAGGCCCCGGAUCCUACCAUGCAGCAGGAGGGGGCAGAGCCUGCGAGAGCUGCUACACCAUGCAGUCGGCCCAGUGGUACUCAUGGGGGCCUCCCAACAUGCAGUGCCGCCUGUGUGUUUCCUGCUGGAUGUACUGGAAGAAGUACGGUGGUCUGAAGAUGCCAAGCAGAGCUGAGGGCCCAGAAGAGAGGACCUCCCCCACUCCCACAACCAAUGAUUCUCGCUCUAGGGGUCAUGCUCCUCGCCAGUCCAACCACAUGGUGCCCAUGCGUAACAGCGGCAGCCCCAAGUCCUCCAUGAAGACCAAGCAAGCUUUCCUGCUGCAGGCCACCCGCCUCACCAAGCUGGCCCGGCACAUGUGCCGUGACAUCAUCAGGCUGCGCCGCGCUGCGCGCCGGCCCUUUGUCCCCAUUAAUUGUGGGGCCAUAAAGGCAGAGUACAUGUUGAGGGUGUCCGAGGGGCAGGGGACUCGCCUACCCAAAACCAGAGCCGCCCAGAGAAGCACUCUGACCAGUGUUCUGCAGUUUCUAGAGUCCCGUCCAGCGGCCCAUGCCCCUCGCUCCCACCGCACACCAGGCCUGCAGACGCCCCCCCCUCGCCGCCUCCUCUCCUCUCUCCCACAUGGCCCCCAUGGCAUGCUGGGAAAGCGCAGCUACCAUCACCACAGCAGGGCUGAGCCGGACAGGCGCUCAGAGAACCCAGGUUCGACAGGUGGACCUCUCAUGCAUAACGGACGCAGCAGCAGCAGCGGAAACACCCGCGGUGGAGUGAUGAUUCGCAAGAGACGUCCCAACUGGAUCGAUGCCCCCGAUGACAGCUUCUUCCUCGUCACCCGGGAGACCAGGAGGGCUCGACGGCUACUGUCCCGCUCCCAGCUGAGGCACGCUUGCCGACAGCCCUGCGAGCAAAUCACCCUGCGCAGGGUCUCCCAGGGCCCCCCGCAGGGCCUCGUCCUCGCCCCUCCACACCCUCACCCCAGCCUGAGGAUGCGCGGCCCCAUCGUCAUCCAUGACUGAUCCCAUACAGACUCUCUGACCUUCACACUCCACCUGCAUCCGUCCACACUGAUAAAGUCUAACCUGCUGUUCUUUCAAUGAAUCCUAUUUUUUAAUCCUAUAGAUGGCAUUAUAACCCCUCGACAACGCUUAAACGAGCUCUUUGGCAACAGAAGGAUGUGACGAUGAGCCGUACCGCAAUAGAAACAUAAACCCGACUAUAAGUGCUGCCUGUCUUUGACCCCCUGGGAAUGUGUCUUUAUGUGUAAAUACAGUAUCUGGGUACAUUUGAGUGCGUGUGUGUGUGUGAGUGUGCGCAUGUGCGAUCAUGCAAACAACACGGUAAGAGAACAAGGGGUUGUGUACUGUUCUUAGUUUUUAUGGCGGAACAUGAUGACGGAACUUUGUGUGACCUUUGUAUCGAUGGUGAAUAGUUGUGACGUUUCAUCAGUUUGUAUAAAGUUAUUUUUGGGGGGAGGGGCUGAGUGGGUCCGCAUUUGUGGGUCGUGAGUCUCAAGAAGAGACACAUGUCCAGUCCUGACAUUUAAAAAAAAAAGGGAAAUGCACUACUCUGAGACUGAAGCAGCUUUUUAGGAAAUGGCUCCUUUCAGUUGUGUUUUACCUUCAGUUUUUCCAUGGUCAUCUUGACAUCUGCGUAGAUGGGCGGGAGUCGGUGUAGAAGAAUGAUGACCUGGAGGCAUUAAAUUUCAAAGCUCCUCUAACUCUACCUGAAAGUUUGGUCAGUUAAUUAGAAAGAAUCUGAAGUUUUAACAAUGCAAAAAGGAGCAGGGAGCCCACUGACAUCUAAGGGCCUAAGCCUCCAACAAAAGCCAGUGUAUUAUAUAUUGUAUAUCUCAUUACAGCAUUGUAAAUUCCUCACAUUCAAUUUCUAUGGCUGUCUCACCCUACCAAGGGUGUGUAAGCACCUCUUUUGCAGCAGAAAAAGGCAUGAAUCUCCUAUAUUUCCCACAAGGCUGCUGCGCAACUGCAACUUUAAAAGGAAAAAAAAACUGUGCUUAUUUGCCUCUUCAUAACAGUAUCUGUUUUCUUUACAGUAUAUCUUCUUUAAUGCAGUCAGGUUUUUCCUUUUUUUUUCAUCUCUCCCUCUCUUAAAGUUGCCAGUUAGCCCACACAGCCUUUACGGAAGCUUAUUCUAAGUUUUGAAACUGGCAUUGCCGCCGCAUGUCUUUGACCAGUGGGUCACUUGAUUUCUUAGUUUUCAUUCAGAAUGUUUAUGUUGGUGUUUCAUGUCUGUCAUGUGUAGAAUUAUGAAUAUGCUGAGAAAAAUUAAAGAAAAACCAACUAUGCCAGGCUACAGUGUAUUUCUUCUGAGUUCUGCUGACAUCCUGUACUGUC